AUGGUGUGUGUUUGUAACCUAGGUGAAGCGCUGGACUGCCUGCGCUGUGUCCCAGCUCAGGCAGGAGGAGAAUGUGAGGUGACAGUAGAAACCUGCCCCCCAGAGAAGGACGGCUGUGCAGCCGCCAAGUUCCUCAGAGCGCCAUGUAAGUACCGUGACUGGCCGUGUGUCACCAGAUGUUAGCCCGCUGAGCUAAAGCCUAAAUAUUAAAAAGCAGAUUUGACAAAAAAGAGUCAUGUCGUGCUGAAUGUUACGUUACUUGGAAAAACAGCGUUGGAUGUCAUGUCACACAAAGUUCUGUGAAAAAGGAAAGGAAAGCCGCACACUCUAGGAGCUCAGAUGCAAUAAUUUAAUAUCCUAAUAACCAACGUUUGGACAGACAAGCUGUCUUCAUCAGGGUAUAAUGACAAACACUGAGGGUCACUAGUUUAUAUAGUGUCAAACGACACACGCAGGUGUCUGUAAUCAUGGCCGGGUGUGGCCUGAUAGCAUUGGCCAAUUCACAGAUAAAAACAACAUACAAAAAAACAUGGAUAGCAUAUGAUCAUAGAUACUUGGCUACAUAGGCCCACAAACAUUUACAAUGAAUAGCAAAAUCACAAGAAUGGCUUCGAAUCAAAGUCUACGUUGCAUUUUUGCAUGUUGUUUUUAUCUGUGAAUUGGCCAAUGCUAUCAGGCCACACCCGGCCAUGAUUACAGACACCUGCGUGUGUCCUUUGACACUAUAUAAACUAGUGACCCGCAGUGUUUGUCAUUAUACCCUGAUGAAGACAGCUUGUCUGUCCAAACGUUGGUUAUUAGGAUAUUAAAUUAUUGCAUCUGAGCUCCUAGAGUGUGCGGCUUUCCUUUCCUUUUUCACAGAACUUUGUGUGACAUGACAUCCAACGCUGUUUUUCCAAGUAACGUAACAUUCAGCACGACAUUACUCUUUUUUUGUCAAAUCUGCUUUUUAAUAUUUAGGCUUAUUAGGAUAUUAAAUUAUUGCAUCUGAGCAUCCUAGAGUGUGCUUCUAUCCUUUCCUUUUUCAAGUGUCCUACGCCGUCAGCCAGCACCUUGCCUAAACAGGGGUGUGUUUCUUUCACCUUUAACACAAAGUUCUGUGCCCCGUAUUCACAAAGCGUCUCGCAGUUAGAGGUGCAGUUUUAUAUCAUAAUAAAUACGAUUAUAUGGACUUAUCCUAGAUCACCACCAUUCCUACUCUGUGACGCUGUGUGGAUACAGGCCCUGGUCAGAAUAAUCAAGAAUAAAAGGGUUACAAUACAGACUAAAGUCAACAGUUAACAGCUGUCACAUAGUAACAUAACAUUGUCAUUUCUUUUCUCUCUCAGUUAGCCAUUUCCAGAGAUGCAUGGACAUGUCGGGCUGUAAGCAGUUCCAAACCAACGCUUUCAUCAACGUGAAGUGUUGUGACACUGAGAAGUGCAACACGUUCUAG